UGUCUAUCUCAGUGUUUUCUUUCACCCAACAAGAAGAAAUGGCCGAUGCAAUCCUCUAUGGCGUUGUGCGGACGAUCAUUGUAAGCUUGGGCUCCUCCACUCUCCAACAGGUUGGAUCAAUCUGGGGUUUCGAAGAUGACCUCGAAAAAAUGUCAAACACUGUUUCCACCAUUCAAGCUGUUCUUGGGGAUGCAGAAGAGCAGCAAGGCAGUAACCAUCAAGUCAAGAACUGGCUUAUGAAGCUCAGAGAAGCAGUUUUUGAUGCGGAUGACUUGUUGAGCGAGUUCUCCACUCAUGUGUUGCGGCAAAAUGUGAUGGGCGGUGGUAAAAUGACAAAGAAGGUACGCGUUUUCUUUUCUAGCUCAAAUCAACUUGCUUUUGGUUUUAAGAUGGCUCGCAAAAUAAAGGCUAUGAGGGAGAGGUUUAAUGAUAUAGCAAAGGAUAGGAACAAUUUCCAGUUGGUAGAGCGUCCUUUAGGGACAGCAGUUGUGACUAGGAAGAGGGACCAGACUCACUCAUUUGUACGUGAAGAAGACGUUAUCGGGAGAGAGGAGGAUAAGAAGGCCAUCAUAGGUCAAUUGUUGGACUUCGAUGUGGGGGAGAACGUUUCGUUCAUAUCCAUAGUAGGAAUUGGGGGGCUAGGGAAGACCACACUUGUUCAGUAUAUAUACAAUGAUGAGAAGGUCAAGGCUUAUUUUGAGUUGCAGAUGUGGGUGUGUGUCUCUGAUGACUUUGAUGUGAAAACAAUUGCUGAAAAGAUACUUGCAUCUGCAGUCGGUACAAGGCCUAACAACCUUGAAAUGGAUCAAUUGCAAAUUGAACUUCGCAAAAGUCUCAACCAAAAGAAGUACUUACUUGUGUUGGAUGAUGUGUGGAAUGAGGACAAAGAAAAAUGGUGUAAUUUGAAAACACUUUUGUUGGAUGGCUUAAAGGGAAGUAAGGUGGUGAUAACUACACGGACCAACUUGGUUGCAGAUAUUACUAGCACAAUCUCACCAUAUCUUUUAAAAGGCCUAUCAGAUGAUCAAUCUUGGUUAUUAUUUAAGCAAAUGGAAUUUGAAAAAAAGCAAGAGACCAUCAAUCCUAACCUUGAAGCAAUUGGAAGGGACAUUGUAGAAAAAUGUUGUGGUGUGCCUCUUGCUAUAAAGACAAUAGGAAGAGUAUUAUACUUUAAAAAAACUGGAGAUGAAUGGUCAUAUAUUAAGAAUAAUGAACUCAUGAAUGUAACUCAAAUAAAAGAUGGUUUUUUGCCUGUUCUAAAAUUGAGUUAUGAUCAUCUCCCAUCACAUUUAAAGUGUUGUUUUGCUUAUUGUUCACUAUUUCCCAAAGAUUAUUUGUUUAGGAGUGGGACAUUGAUACUAUUAUGGAUAGCACAAGGAUUUAUCCAGUCACCAGAGGGGAACCAACAAUUAGAGGACAUUGCCAAUGAGUAUGUCAUGGAACUACACUGGAGGUCCUUCUUCCAAGUAGAACAUAAAGGUGGCUCCAUGUAUAAGAAUACAUUGUUUAAGAUGCAUGAUUUAGUCCAUGAUCUUGCAUUAUCUAUCUCAAGGAUUGAGUGUACAUUAGUUGAUUCUAAUGCAAAAAAUGUCAAUGAAAAAAGUCGUCAUCUAUCAUGCACAGUUAAGAACGAUUCAUUCUUUGAAGAGAAUUUAAACUCAUUGGUUAAAGCAAAAAAGAUGCGAACAUUUUUAUUGACAUCCCAUAUAUUGAAUCACCCAGUGGAAGAAUCAGCUCUCAGAACACUUAUUUCUACUUUUAGAUAUUUGCGUGCAUUAGAUCUACAUGGCUUAGAAAUUAAGACAUUGCCAAAUAUCAUAGGUAAGUUGAUGCAUCUAAAGUACCUUGACCUUUCCUUUAAUGAUAUUGAGGUUCUUCCUAGUUCUAUUACAAGAUUGGUGAAUCUACACACAUUGAAACUCACAUUUUGUCUGAAACUUAAGGAGUUACCAAUAGACAUUCAAAAAUUGGUCAGCCUUAAGCAUCUUAAUAUAAAUGUAUGUCCCAAUUUGACUCAUAUGCCAUAUGGACUUGGGCAGUUGACUUCUCUUCAAACAUUACCCUUAUUUGUUGUUAGUAAGGACCCCAUAGGUUCCUCCAAGCAUUGUGGUGGACUAGCAGAAUUGAACAGGUUAAAUGAUUUGAGAGGAAGAAUAGAGAUUCAAAAUUUGGAAUUGGUGAAAGAUGUUAUCUCAGAAACGAAGGUUGCAAACUUAAAGGAGAAGCAGCAUCUCAGUGAUAUGUCAUUAAGAUGGAAUUCUAGGCCUGUUGAUGUUAUCAACGCUGGUGAUGAUGAAAAUUUGUUAGAUGGCCUACAACCACCCCAAAAUUUAAAAUAUUUGUUUAUAGAAUGGUACGGGGGUGUGAGAUUUUCAAUUUGGCUUUCUUCGCUAACAAAUCUAACUGAAUUUCAUUUAAAAUAUUGCAAUAAAUGCCAACAUUUGCCACCAUUGUAUCAGUUGCCAUCUCUUCGAAAGAUAUCUCUUUACGCUAUGCAUAGUCUAGAGUACAUAUCAGACUUGGAUAUCACCAAUGAAGUCUCUGCUUCAUCAUUGACAACAUUUUUCCCAUCCCUGGAGUCACUUAAGCUAAUAGCAUGUCCUAAUCUAAAGGGAUGGUGGAAGAGGGAUAUUAUUGAUAACGGCGAUGCAAAGAGAAUGACAUCCACAUCAUGGAGUCAUCAAUAUCACCAACACAUGUCACUGCCUUCCUUUCCCUCUCUUUCUCACUUGGCUAUAGAUGAUUGUAGUAAGUUGACUUCCAUGCCGCUGUUUCCAUAUCUCGAAGAACAGCUUUAUUUGUCAAGGGUUAGUUGGAAGGCAUUGCAACAAACAAUGGCGAUGAAGAUGAAUACGGCAGGAGCUUCUUCACUUCCCUCCUCCAUCCCUCCUUUCUCCAAAUUAAGGAAAUUGGAAUUGUCGGCUAUGCUAGACAAAGAGCCUUUGCCAGAGGAGUGGCUUCAAAACCUAACUUCUCUUGAGGAAUUAGAUAUUAGGAGGUGCUCUACAUCUUUGUCUCAAAUUCUGAGACAUCUCACCUCUCUUAAGGAGCUGAGAAUUGAGGACUGUGAGGAAGUUGAUCUAUUUAGUGAUGCGGACGAUGAUGGUACAAAAUUUCAACAUGUUAAGUGCCUUCAGUCUCUGUCUUUCACAAAAAUUUCUAAACUUGAGUCUCUUCCUGCAUGUCUUCAAUCUGUUACUAUUCUCCAAAAACUCUCGAUUGCCAGAUGUCCCAGCUUGAUGACUUUACCGGAAUGGAUCGGCAACCUCACAUCACUUCAAAACCUUGAAAUUAGAGAUUGCCCUAAUUUGACAUCCCUUCCUGAAGGGAUGUGUUGCCUUACCUCGUUACUGUCCUUGAGGAUCUAUAAAUGUCCCCACUUAGAGCAAAGAUGCCAGAAGGAAAUUGGAGAGGAUUGGACAAAGAUUGCCCAUGUCCCAAAAUAUUCCAACAAAUUUCAGGUUUAACUACUGAUAUGCUUCCACUAGAACUUUAGAAGCAAACUACAAAGAUGAGUCAAGGGGUUGCCCAAAAUUGCUCACGUUUGGAGCGGGUGCAUCUGAUCAAACAUCAAUUCUUUUCGGUAUAAGUUUAAUAAUUAAUCUCAAAUCUUUAUACAAACGUCAAUUCCAUUGUUUGUUCUCCGGCUCUUUCUUCUCCUCGAAUGAGAAGAAAUGUUUGAGUAGACUUGAAGAAGCAAUUAAAGCCUAGAAAAAGCUCAGGCCUUAUAAUUAGUUCUUGUUGAACGCUUUUGGCCUCUGCAAUUUUCAAAAUGUAAGUGUUGAUU